AUUUAUAAUGAGUAACAAAGAGGUCUCUGAGACUCCUCAACAAUCCAACCCAACAAGCCCUCCUUACAAGUCUCCUUCAUCAGAGGCGAAUUCAAGACGUAACUCUCAGACUACCUCAAUGCCAUCAGCUCAGGCUCAAAUUCCAGCUUCUAACAGAACAAAGCUUAAAAGAAUCAAAAGAAGGCCUAAGAAUGAUCAUACUUACACUCAUAUUGGGAUUAAAACAGCUAUUAAAAAGCAAGGGAAACACUCGCCUACCAACUCUUCACUCAACAGUACACUAUCUUAUUUUCCAUCCCUGAAGCUUCAUCAAAAGAGGAUGAAUAAUUCACCUUUGAAGAAUAGCAAUGCAACUCAACGGUCGGUGAUUGAAUCAUCUGCCAAUGUAUUUUCAAAUGAUAUAUCUCCUUCAACAGAGGUAGGCACGGCUUCCUCCUUCAUGAGGAGAGAUGCCCGCUCCCUCCCUCACGGGAGGGCUGGAGGCAUCAAUCCUGAAAAGGACAGGCUGGGCAGAGAGAAGUUGAAUAAAUAUCAUAAUAGGAAACAUACGGACUACCAACUAAAUCUUCUAAAGAAUCGGAUUCAUAGACUUGAGCAUGAAGAAUCGAAGGCUCAGAAAUAAAAUAAUGGCAACCCAAAGACUUGCUGAUAAAUUCAUGGAGGCUAGAUUUAAGUAUGACGUCGACCAAAGUAUCAAGCAAGAUUACAGAUAUCGCACUCAUAGAGAUCUUGAGGAAAAACGAAACAGGCUAAAUCAAGAGCGAAGAGAUUCCUAUGAAAGGAAAAAGCAGAUCAGAAUGAAUUGCAUUGAAAAUAAACUCAAAGAAGGUCUCCAGGUUAAACAGACUCUCUAUAGAGGGUUUUAUAACCGAGAUGUGAGGCUAGGAGAAGAAAUGAAUCUCAAACUAGCGAAAAUUAGACAGAUCAAAAAUGGACAUAAUAGUCAUACAAAUAACAAAAUUGAGCAUCAUAAUCAGCUAUGUAAUGAAAAUAAAAGGAGAGUUGACAAAAUUAUAAAAAAGGACGAAAAGAGAGCUAAGGCAAAUAUAUCCAAAAUGAAGUUCCUUGAGAAGAAAGAGCAAGACAUCAUUGAGCGUCUCAGAGAGACCCAGACCUUACAACAAAAGACCCUAAGUGACUUUGAAAACAUGAUAUUAUCAAAGCAAAAUAGGAGCAAAUACAUUAAGUAA